CGCAAUUGUUGUGUAGCGGUAUAACAGUUAUUUGCUUUUUCUACUUUUAUAAUCGAUUUUUUGUAUUAUUAUUUAAACAGUGAUCGAUCUACAGCGGUAGGUGUGAGUUAAAUAAAUAUCGAUAAAAGAUCAAUGUAAAUUUCGAUACUUCUGAAGCACAAAAAAAUCGCGAAUGACAAAAUGUCUCUGUUAAUCGAAUUGACCAUAAUACUGACCGGUCUUAUUUUACUUUGGGAUUAUUUACUGAAGAAGCGCCGUAAUGAAAUAUUACGUUAUAUGGCCGGUCCUAAAGCAUUGCCGUUGGUGGGUAAUGCUCUUAUGUAUCGUGGUAAAGGACCAGAAGACAUUAUGAGCUUCAUAAUAGCGAAUCGCGAUAAAUAUGGUCCACUCUAUCGGGUAUGGGUACUUAAUCAAUUGGCUAUCUUCUCUAGCGAUCCUGCCGACGUGGAGGUGAUACUUAGCAGCUCCCAGCAUAUUAAGAAAAAUAAUCUCUAUGAUCUACUGCAUAUUUGGCUUGGCACAGGUUUACUUAUGAGCACUGGUCGAAAAUGGCAUGCGCGACGGAAAAUCAUUACGCCAACAUUCCACUUUAAAAUACUCGAACAAUUUGUAGAAAUUUUCGAUCAACAGAGCGCAGUGCUGGUGGAGAAAUUAAAUCGACAUGCCGAUGGAAAGUCGGUGGUGAAUGUAUCACCGUUCAUAUGUUUGAUGGCAUUGGAUGUGAUCGCAGAAACUGCUAUGGGCACCAAAGUGAAUGCGCAAAUGAAUCCCCAGUUUCCUUAUGUACGGGCCGUAAAUACUGUCACGAAUAUCUUAGCAAAACGUUUCAUCAAUAUCUGGCAACGUAUUGAUAUCAUUUUCCGUCUCGUCGCACGGAAAGAUGCACAAGAAUUUUACUCUAGUAUCAAGUUAAUGCACGAGUUCACCGAGCGCAUAAUUAUCGAUCGUCGGUCAGCGCUUGAAGAAACACUCGCUAAUAACUCAACGGCCAGUGUAGAUGCUGAUGUGGGCGCGAAACCUCGCAUGGCCUUGCUGGAUGUGCUGUUGCAAUCCACCAUUGAUGGGCAACCACUGAGCAAUGAAGAUAUACGUGAAGAGGUAGAUACAUUUAUGUUUGAAGGUCACGACACCACAACUAGCGCACUAUCAUUUUGCCUGCAUUUGAUCUCCAGACAUGCCGAAGUGCAGGCGAAAUUAUUUGAUGAAAUACGUCAUGUGUUGGGCGAUGACAGGGAGCGACCGGUCUCACUGCGUGGCUUGGGUGAGCUCAAAUACAUGGAGUGCGUAAUAAAGGAGUCAUUGCGGCUAUAUCCACCAGUGCCAAUAAUUGGUCGCAACUUCGAAGAAGAUGUCAAUUUAAAUGGCAAACUAAUUCCAGCCGGCACAAAUUACACUGUUGGCAUCUAUGUUAUGCUACGCGAUUCGAAAUAUUUUACCGAUCCCGACGCAUUUCGACCCGAACGUUUUCUAAAUGAAUCUGGUGAUGGUGGCGAAAAAAUGCAUGCUUAUAGUUAUAUACCCUUCAGUGCUGGUCCACGUAAUUGUAUUGGUCAGAAAUUUGCCAUUUUGGAAAUGAAGAGCACAAUAAGUAAAAUUUUACGUUAUUACGAACUUUUGCCAUUCGGCGAAAAAAUGCGUCCAUCAAUGAGUAUUGUAAUGCGUUCACAGAAUGGCAGUGAAAUGGGUUUGAAGCCGCGUGUUUAUAAAUAAGACCGGUAGGUGCAAUAACGGAUAACGCUACCUGAAAAAAUUGAAUGCCACUGUACGUGUAUGUAACAGCCGAAAUAGUCUGUUGGUGUGAAAGCCACUGUAGCAGUAGUAAAACUAAAGUUUUUAUAUUAUUGUACAUAAAAUUGAAGACAGCUUUGUAAAAAAUAAAAUCAUGACUUAUGUAUUUCUUACCUCUUUGAUUUUCUUGAAAUUUGAUAAAUAAAUACCUUAUUGCUUGUAUAAAUUUUUCUUCUGAGAAGUGGAGCGGUCUAUAG